AUGAGUAUCUUGCAAUCUUUUUGCGGUCCAACCAACGCUCCUUCGAAUGGACGCAAAUACUUUAUGCCCAAGCCCUCCAGCGAAAAAAUAAGAAUUUUCAUCGGUUGCCGAGUUCAAGGACAGACAUGCAGCAGCCUGACUGGCUGGGUUACAAAAUCUACCAAACGUAGACUGAAACGCAGGUGUCGGAAUGCGAGCUACCUCGUCAAGCAAAUUCUCCACAAGGCGGCACCGACAGACAAACCAACCAAUCAGGCGUUAUACUUCCUAUUGCUGCGACUGAUUAUGCCGUCUGAGCGACCCGGGCAAAAAAAAGCUGUAAUGGUGGUCCAGGUAAAGGGUGAAUCUGCUACUGAACGCGAAAUCCCACAAGGUCGACUUCUGAAUAGGCCUUCAAUCCGCGCAGCCCAAGAAGAUGACCGAAAAGAGAUGUUCUGUAUCACAUCUCUUUACAGGAGCCGAAUGAAUCGCAGAGAGAGAGAACAAAAGUUGCACUCAAUUGCGCCGUGUCAGGCCUCUCGAAAUGUCGUUGCCAUGACGACAUGGAGGCAUGGCAUAAUGAAUUACACUCCAGACCCAAGCCUCAAGUCAGGUGUGGGCCUCAGUUCCCUUUAA